AUGGGGAUGCAAGGCCCGCUCGUGGCUCAGGCCCUGGGCCGUUCGCCGUUUGAUGAUGUAGUCCAAGGUGAAGGUGAAGAUGACUCGCGGGUGCCAAGCCAACAAUACGACCAUGGCGGGCGUCCAAUCAAUCCUGAUACUAUGAGGAUCAACAGGGACAUUAUCCGAUCACACAACCAGGUCAUGUUUAUUAUUGGCAUCGCUGAACCUGAAAACCCGGGCCCUGAAGUCGAUUCACAGAGACGACACGGCGCCUAUGAAGAAGCCAAAGGACUGAGGCUGGCAUCUUCUGCUAAGCGCUGUGUAGAGGCAGUCGGACUUUUUGGUAUUAAUGGACUAAGAGAUCGGAUACUGAUUUAUAAGCGGUAUUCCCGAAUUCCAUUCUGGGAGCUCUAUCAGCAAGCACGACGAGAUUUCUCGAUCCCCAGGGAUAUUCUUUCUGGUGUUCCUGCAAACCUGUUGUCGAAUUAUAUCGAGUUCACAGUCUCCCGUCUGUGGUUUGGCGAAGAAGAUAAGCUCACUGCUAGGCGCUGCAAUGAAGGGGGUUCCCCUGCGGCGCCCGUGGAUAGCCAGAUGCCAUCCGACGCAGGGAGCAUGGAAGUUGUUCGUAGGCCGAGCAUAUUCUCAGCCAGAGGUGAUGAUUACGGGAGCGAUGAGGAGGACAACGACGUGAUAAGGGCUACCCUUAUUAGCUUUGAUGUCGAAGCGACCGAGUCUACGGACGCCCCCCAAGGGUUAUGGAGUGCAGAGUUGCGGCCAAGCGUUGCCAAUACAGACUCAAGAGGGUCUGUUAGUUCUCUGCCCACAUAUCUGGAUACGCUGCUCACUCAGAUCCCGGCACUGUUGGCGUCACAUAUGCUUUCCAAUUCCGUAACUCGGUUGUUAAUGACACCAUACGACGCAGCUGCCCUACGUUUAGUGGCACAAGCAUUCUGCUUGCGAAAUGGGCUAUCCUACGAAGAUAUAUGCGACACUAAUUUGCUCAGUGGCUGCACUUGGACCUCAAUCAUGAACUAUCUAGGGACAGAGUUUUUACACCUUUUUCUCACUACAGAGAUUUGGGCAGUAUUCACAGGCCUUUCGCAGUAUUAUCAUUUCACCGAGGAAGAAUGGGCGGCCGAAGAAGCAAAAAACCAGUAA